ACCUGCGCAGACUCAGAAAACUCAGGCGACCCAAAGAUCCCCAGAAUGGCGGGCACUGGGUUGGUGGCCGGAGAGGUUGUAGUGGAUGCCCUGCCGUAUUUUGAUCAGGGUUAUGAAGCUCCUGGUGUGCGGGAAGCGGCUGCAGCGCUGGUGGAAGAGGAAACUCGCAGAUACCGACCUACUAAGAACUACCUGAGCUACCUGACGGCUCCAGAUUAUUCUGCUUUUGAAUACUUACGUCCACAGUUCUCAACACUGGCUUUGCUUUAUAAUCAACUGACUGACAUAAUGAGAAAUGAAUUUGAAAGACUGGCUGCUCGACAACCAAUUGAGUUACUCAGUAUGAAACGAUAUGAGCUUCCAGCUCCUUCCUCGGGUCAGAAGAAUGACAUUACUGCAUGGCAAGAAUGUGUAAACAAUUCUAUGGCCCAGUUAGAGCAUCAGGCAGUUCGAAUUGAGAAUCUGGAACUAAUGUCGCAGCAUGGGUGUAAUGCCUGGAAAGUAUAUAAUGAAAAUCUUGUUCAUAUGAUUGAACAUGCACAGAAAGAGCUUCAGAAGUUAAGGAAACAUAUUCAAGAUUUAAACUGGCAGCGAAAGAACAUGCAACUCACUGCUGGAUCUAAAUUGAGAGAAAUGGAGUCAAAUUGGGUAUCCCUUGUUAGUAAGAAUUAUGAGAUUGAACGGACUAUUGUGCAACUAGAAAAUGAAAUCUAUCAAAUUAAGCAGCAGCAUGGAGAGGCAAACAAAGAAAACAUCCGCCAAGACUUCUGAAAGGACAGAUUAGUUUUGUGGGAAGAAAGGAAGAAAAGUUAGGCUUUGACAGAGUAUCAGUCAUCUGUACUUUCUCUGAACCGUGAAGGACAAAAGCAUCUCAUGGACACCGUUGAUGGUUAAAUGUUUAGAAAUUAUAGAAUGUGGGACUGUUAAUUCUUUUUUGUAUGUCUUAGCAAAAUAGAAAUUUUCAGCUUGGUGGUAUUUUUACAGCCAUAGGUAUGAUCUUAUGAUAGAAGAAUAAUAUGUUUGGACCAUAUUUUGUAUCCAAGGACCUUUAUUUAAAGCUUUCAACACACACAAGAGGUUGGAAACUUUUGAUUUAUGCCUUUGUCUAAUAAAGAGGUAGGUUUUUUUGUGUGUUGUUUUGUUA